CCUGGAGCAAAACAAAUAACAGCUGAUGUGUUGCCAAAUGUCACUUCGCUGGCGUUGAUCACAUUGUUUUACAAAGCUCGAGACUGGUCUGAAACCACGCCUAUUUGCUAACAAGAACCGCCUUCAUGUAAAGAUAACACAGACAUCUAGGUCCUUGUUUAUCAUCAGUAGUCACAAGCCUUAGGGUGAAUGUGGUGAGAGGAACAAGGUGUGAAGGAUAUGACAGAUGGAGGCUGUGAGACAAAAGAAGUCCAAAACCAGUAGCAGGUCUCAGGACAGAAAACAGAGGCAGAGUGGACGAGUGAAGAGUCCCACAGCUCUCUCUGCUGGUUGUGAUGAGAAACCUGGUGCUGCUGCCCCGCCCAGCUCUGAGUUCACAGACAUCCCCCUCAGUCUGCCCAACGAGGGGACAGAGCAACAACAGGGCCUGGCAGAGGCAUCAGAGACUUUAUCAGAGACAUCACAACCAUCAACACAGAUAUUACCACAGACAUCAGAGGAACCAUUACCAGCAUCACAAACACUAUCAUCAUCCACAUUAUCACAGACAUCAUCAUCAUCAACCUCACCCCAGACACUAGAAAAGCCCUCUGAGACAGAGCCAGAGAAGAGGAAUGAGGGGAGAGGAGAGGCCCAAGGGGCUGAGCUCAGAGCUGAACCACCGAGCACUGAGGUGGGGAGAGAGACCCAAAACAAAACCCACAUCCAGACUCAGGCCUGCAUAUCUUCGAUGCUUGAGACACCCUUGGCCCCCAGCGCUCCUGCCCUCUACCCCUCACUACCCACACUGGAGGAGGGCUUCCUGAUGCAGCUGCAUAAGGAGGCUCUGCGGGCCUGUGGGACAAGGGGCCCUGCUGUUCUGCCUCUAGGGGAGCAGGAGUGUCCUCUCAGUCUGGAGCCUGUUGUGGAACUAGCUCCAUCUGAGGGCUGCAGGACCAGACUGUACCCUGAACUACCCCAGCCCAGCCCAGAACUACAGGCAUUCUCGUUGGAGCAGCUGAGUGUGUGGGAGCCAGGUGGGGGGAUGUGUGUGUGGGUGGAGGGGGUGGAGGUGUGUGCAGCCCGGUUCGCAGUGUUGGCCCGGCAGGAAGGCCACGAGCUGACAGAACUCCUGCAGAAUUACUGGCGCUGCCGCAGACAGCUGACACACGCACACACACAGCUCCACACACACACCUCCGACUGUAACACCACACAGAACCGACUCUGGAGCUUCAGAGAUGAGCAGCUCACACUUCAGGGUGUGUGUGGGGACCAGUCUAAGGUGUAUGGCUACCACCGCUUCCAGCAGGCUGACUUCAGUGAGGCUGUGUUGGUGGAGCUGCGGAAGCUGUUUGAGGCCCGCUCUGAACUCCUGCACCAGAAGGUGGCGCUGCACGCAUACACAGCUCUGCUGUCACGUCUUCAGGUGGAGUCAUACUUACACUGCCUGCUCCACGAUAUGUGUGGUACCCAGAGUCAGCCCAGCUCCCUCCUCCCUCUGAAGGAGAGCAUCAGUGUUCUCUUCAGCUUCACACGGAGAGUCCUGGACGACACGCAGUUCCAGACAGAUAUCCACCUCUGGCUGCAGAGACUGGUGGCAGUGUUACUGCGUGUGGGGGGAUCAGGAGAGCACCUCUACCUGUUGAACCAUCUGUUGUGCUGUUCUGCAGGGGUGGGCAAGUGGGCUGCAGCCUUCUUACAGAUCCAGGUCCUGGGAAACCCCACAGGAGUACAGCAGUUCAUGCAGGCUCUGGCCAUCCUCAUGUCUCCAGUCAGACACCGGGCUGAGUUCAUGAGCCACAUGAAGCCCUGUGAGAGUCAGAGUGCUGCAGCCUCCGGCCCUGAGUCUGGCAACUGGACCCUAGUGGAUGAAGGUGGAGAGGAGGAUGAGGACCCAGAGAGCAGCUGGUUGUUACUGUGUGAGGAGGACCUGAUCUCUCUGCUGUCCCAGUUCCCCUUCCAACAGCUCUUCACACACCUGCUGGAGAUGAGCAAGAAGGGUGUCUAUGAGCCCAAGUCCUGCUCCAGUCAGAAGAUGAUGCGUGUGUUUGCGUUCGCCUCGUCACUGAUCGAGCUGCUAGCUGUGGGUCUGAACACCUACGACAGCGCUCGCUACCGCCAGCUAGUCAAACGCAUCGGACACACCAUACGGAUGACGGUGUGUUACGUCAGUGAUCACUGGGCCCAGUAUGUGAGUGUCGCUGGUCCAGCCCGGCCCAGUACCAUCUCUCUGGAGAAACUACAGCUAGAGUACGACCAUCUGUUCCUCAGAGCUGUACUACACGUCCUCAGAAACAAGAGGUUGGGUAUCUGGCUGUUCAUGUCAGAGAUGCCCUACGGAACUCUGUCCAGUUCCAUGCUGUGGAGAGUUCUGUACGUGAUGCAGUGUGCAGAGACCGCUGCACCGGACGCACUCAACUCUACAGACAACACAUACACCUGCCUACAGGCCCUCAGAGAGCCGAGUCACCAGGAGAGGUUUGAGAAAUGGCUGUGUGAGGUCAACAGUUCUGAUGGAAUCUCUCUCCUCACGGCGCUAGCUCACAUGGCCAUGCCCACCCACCACUCUGACCCCACCUUCAUUACCACUAUAGCUCUCCUCGUCUUCCAGGUGUCCUAUGUCAGUGUGUCUACGAGGGAAACCUACUCGAAGGUGGGGCGGGAGCUGCUGGCCGCCAUAGCAACCGUUCAUCCUUACAUCAUCUCAGUCCUGCUGGACAGACUCAGAGAGACCAUCGAGACAGUCGGCAUGGUGGCACUGUACCUCAGUAAGGAGCUGCCCCUGUUCCUGUGGCGUCCUAGCCCGGAGGAAGUGUGUGUGAUUGGGGGCUGGCUGCUCCAACACCCCCUCUCUGCUGUGGAGAACAGCCUGGCCUGUGUUCUACUGGAAGGACUGGACUGGGGCUACACACAGGAUGGGACUCUGGCCCUGCCCUCCUCUCUCCACAGUGAAGUUGCUCUGCUGGUGGCAGAAGCCUAUCAGAAAUACCUCACAGACAAGCCAUACAAUGGACUCAUCUCAGAGGGAAUCAAACAGGUGUCCUACCUGGCUAGUGUUCUCCGUCUGGGUCUGUCACCUGAGGCUUCCUUCAGCCAGUGGGCCUGGCAACUGUUGCUAAGGCUGAAGCUCCAUGGCAACACCCAGUACCCUCAAGCAGCCUGGUCCACCCCCGGCUCUGCCCCCAACCCCUCUCCGGAGCUCACGCACGCCCCAAACAUGCACCCUGUUCUAAGGGCCGUAAAGGCGGGCCUUCCCAUUGGCUGCUACCUGGCCAUUGCCAUGACAACUGUAGGACACAGUCUGGAGGUGUUUUGCACAGAAGGAGUGGAUCUGUUGAAGAACCUGAUUCAGUCUCAACAUCUGAGAGCUGCUGUCCAUCUCCUGGACAACAUCCUCCCUCCUACCUACCCUCUCAGCUUCUACCUGCUGAAGAACACACAGUUUGUGGGCUGUGUCCAGUUGUUCCUGCAGUGUGACGGUGUGUGUCCUCAGGGUGUAACGCAGCAGGUCACCCACAGGGUGGCGCCCCUCUUCACUGGAGGCACCUAUGGGGACAUGGUACGCCUGCUCAACAGUGUCAUACAGACUCACGUGGUGGAGAGUUCGAGGCCAGGUCGUGUGGGUCCGGCAGCGGUUCUAGAGUUCUGGGUGGGAAUUCUAACCCAGCAGAACCUGUGGUACCGAGACAGGACCGUUCUAUUCCUGAUGGAUCAGAUCUGUCGUUCCGCCUUCACACACCACCAGGAGGAGUGUGUACAGAGAUUACUGUACCAGCAGCACAAGAUUGCUUUAGGUUAUCAUGGAGACCGGGGUCUGCUCUCUUCCCUGGUUGGUUGGAUUGCUGGAAAUGCCACACCCUCAUUCAUUGAGGGCCAAUCGCUGAGCGGGGAGGUGUGGUUUGCGUGGCUGGUGUUGAACAUGGAGGGGAUGUUUGAGGAGGAUUCUCAGCUGGGACGCUGUGUGGAGCAUGAACUACUGUCUGAUCCAAACCUCUCACCUGACCAGGCUCUGAAGAAGGCCCAGCAGAGGUUGAAGCUCCCAGUGGCUCCAUCUCUGCAGCGGCUGCAGGUGUACAGGUGGGCGUGUCAGGCGUUGUCCACACCCCCUGACCACCCGCUACUCCCCCUCGUAUGGCAGAGGUUCCUGCAGCUCUACCUGAGACAGCCAGGACCUGAGUAUGGUCUGGAUGCAGGGGGCUGUAUUGGUCGUCGGUUCUUCCAGGGCUCGACUCAGGCUGUGUUACUGAGAGAUCUGAGACAGAGACUACAGGAGGUGUCUGACUUCCACCACGCCGCCAGCCAGGCCUUGAGGGUGCCCCCCACACACACACCCAGCCAGGGAGAGGACUGCCCCAACUCCCCUCCACAUCUCUUCCUCACAUCCCCACAGAUACACACAGAGCUGGUCAGGCUGUUUGGUGUGUUUGCCGUGUGGUUGGACGAUGAGACUCUUCAGAAGAAGGAAGUGUAUCUGCCCUCUCUCCCACCACAGUAUGACCCCCAAAGACUGGCCAAGGUCAUGCACAAGCAACAGGAGCUGUGGGUGGAGUAUGUGGACCAGGAGCGUGUCCAGUAUGAUGAGAGGGAGGUGCUGGAUCUCUGGGACAAAGUGAAGAAUGAACCCACCUUCAUACAGAGCAACAACCCUGCCUUCACUGACUACACCAACCCCAGCGCAGCGAGGAAGCGUAUCCAGUCUAACCUGCAAAAGCACGCUAUCCCUCGGCCGCUCCCCGAGCUGCAAUCACAGAGAGCUCCGGUACCAGAGGUCCCCUCUGCCUGCCUCGCUGACCCUGCUGCUGCCUCCACUCUCCUACAGCAGGACCUCUGCUGUCUGCAGGAGCAGGCCAGGUUUGCAGUGUCUCGGGAGGCCCAGCAGGUGGCAUUGGAGUCAGAGCUGCUGGAGAGUCUUCCUCUACUCUACAGGAACAGGCCAGAGCAGGUUACCAUGGCACUUGAGUGCAGAGGGCAGAGGGGGGGCCAGCCCUGCCAGGGAGCGGCACACAUCACUGUCACGUGCGAGUGUGUACAGAAGCAGGAAGCAGUGGAGACUCAGAUCGUGUCUCUGAGAAGCGACAUUAAGCAGCUGCAGAGGGAAGCCAAGACUCCUCCCCCUCAGAGCCUUGCCCAGGCUGCAGUACACACUGAGAAGUUCAUUACUGCUCUGGUGAAUUUGUACAAGGCCAAGCCGACGGCAGCAGUGCAGAGUGUAGGAGUGGCUGCCUUCUACAAGGUGGUCUCUUUCGUCUGUGAGGACACACGAGAUACUGGGACGCUACACACACCACCCAUUUCAUACCACGUGACUGUGUGUAAAUGCCAGUACCUCUCUUCCUGCGUCGAGAUACUGGGACAGGUUUUUAUCCAGGGCAACCAGGCAGAGUGCGGGCGUGUCCUCAGCACUAUCCUGGAGCAGAGACGUCUGUGUCCCCUCCUCUCCCCCUUCUUCACCCCAAAUGCAGCACCCAAUCAGCUUGUCUCUCUCUACAAGGAAGUGGUGACAUCACUGCACCCUGACAGCGCUGACGUCAUCUUCAUGCUGCUCACUAAGUUUGACCUGAGUACAUGGUUGAGUAAGGCCGAGCCAGUGUUCUCGGAGCGUAGCAGACUGGUAGAGCUGGUCCACACUGCUCUGUGUUCCUGUGGCCGUGACCCCGAGGCUGACCUCCUCACACCCUUUCACCUCUUCACACGACACUGGACCCUGUUGCUCAGACACCACUUUCCUGACCACUACAGCGACUGCCUGCGCCUGCUCAUGACCAGUUCGACAGAGCAGUUGCUGAGCCCAGAGUGUUGGAGGGUGACUCUGUGUGUGCUUGGCAUCUCUCCUCUCCCCUGCAACACCAAACCCACAGCAGAGCCUUCCGGUACCGCAGAUACCCCCAAACCCACAUCCAUCUCCCCCAGCCAAGCCCCCAUCACCCUCUCUCCUCAGCAGGUGGAGGAGACGGUUGAUUGGCUGUGUGAGUAUUUUCAGCGUUGUCGUCUCAGUAAGCCGGACCUCCGCAGCUUUGGCCUUUACUCCGCCUGGGCACCAUACGUUAGUGAGGUCACCACGUUCUGGGGAUAUCUGAUUGGUUACCUCAUCGACCUGCAGCUCAGCGCCUGCGCCAGGGAGCCACUGGGGGGAGCCGGAGUACUGAAAGCCCUACAGGAUCUACACGGUAAGAUGGUACGGCUGUUUAAGCCCUGGAUCCUUGUUCUGGAGACAGACGAUGUCAGUAAUCCGAGGUGUUAUCCCUGGUUGGAGUCAGACGCCAACGCUGCAGGCUGUCUUGUGGAUCUCUACACCCAGCUGACCCAAACACUGCACCACAAGUUCAGAGACCGCCUCCUCCCCGGGCAGCGUGGAGCUCUGUGGCUGUGUCUGAUGCAGUACUGUGACAGCUGCAGCUCUCCUCGUACACCAGAGUACCUCCUCUACCUUUACCACACACACCUCGGCAGCCUGCCCUGGACACACCUGCACCCCGAUACACACCUCAUGGAACAGCUGUUCAAUGUGGAGAGAGGAAGUCCUAAGAGCUGCUUCCUGUUCCUAGGGGCAGUCCUCUGUAAGGUCAACUGGGUCAGCGUUCUGAGUGACAGCCUGCAAACUCCGGCCAGCUCUAACACUAACAUACACACAGACUCACACAAGAUGCUGGUCUAUCUACUUUACAUGCUGGUGUUCCUCACUAAAGAAGAGCAGCUUCUCAGCCAACCGGACUCCCCUCUCCUUAGUCUGUUGGUCCAGUCUGUCCACCUGCCAUGGCACCAGGUGGACCAUUCCUCCUACCAAGGGAUCAUGGGAUAUGUAGGCACCCACUACCCUCACGCUCUGCUGCUCAGCGCAGACUCCGCCGCUCAGACGCUGCUCCUAUCACUACGCAGUGCUGCUGGGCUGCGGCCACGCCCCCAUGGGAUGCCAUACUGGGAGGAGACGUUGAAGGCCGGUGUGUGUGUGCGCUGGUGUGUCCAGUGUCUGGUCUCUCUGGAGCAGAGUGGUAGCAUCAGUCUGGCUAACCUGGAGAUGCAGUUAGAGGCAUUACUGGAGAGCAUCAUCACCUUCAACCCACCUGAGGUGGGCUUGGAGCAGAGACACAUGGCGUUCUGUAGUCUGUUCUGUGAUUCGUUGGCUCUGCUGAACGGAGUGGGCGUGUCUACAGGCGAGGCCUUGGCAGCUCGUGUCAUUGGCUGGCUGGACAGGAAGGGGCAGGGUUUCCCAGUGCUGCCGCUCCUGACAGCCUGCUCCCGUUGCCUAGCGUCCGUACGCCACAUGACCCGCAUCACCGAGGCUUGCAUCACCGCCUACUUCACCCAUGCGGAAGAGGAGGGUGUUGGGUGGGGUCCUGUGUUGGCAUCCCUGCAGGUGCCUGAGCUGACCGUGGACGACUUCCUGUCUGAGAGCCAAUCAGGAGGCAGCUUCCUGACACUCUAUGCUUACAUCCUGCAGCGCCUCAACAUGGAACACACAGUGGCCAAUGAGAAGAGGACGCUCGCUCUGCUCAACACAUGGAACAGUCAGGUCUUCCCCAGUGGUCCCUAUGAUGAGGCUAAGUUGUUCCUCUGGUGGCACAAGGCCCUGUGUGUGUAUGUGGAGCAUCUGCAGCAGGGGCUAGGGGAGGUUCCAGCCGUGGUAGCGGGGCUGCUGCGGCUGCAGACACGGCUCUCUCAGAUGGGAGAGGAGAGACUCGGCUCAGGACUGCUGGGGGCUAUAGGAUUGGGCCGCCGAUCACCCCUAUCCAACAGGUUCAGGGUGGUGGUGCGCAGUCUGUCUGCGUUUCUCUCAGUCCAGAUUCCCUCAGAGGACCAGGUCCGCCUCCAGCCCAGCACCGACCAGCAGCUGACUGCUAAAGCACAACAGGCUCUGGUUGUGUUGGAGUCCAUGCCCAGCAGUAAACAGUAUGCUGGCCUAAAGGACUCAAUAGGAAAAGCUGUCCAGUUCAUCCAAUACCCAGGACACUGUCUUAGAGAUGGACCUUGCCUCCUUUCUCUGCUGGCCAACCUCCUCUACCCAGACCAAGGAUACCUCAACAUCAUUCGAUAGCAGCGCCAGUUAGCAUCGGCUAGCACUGUGACACAGUAUGCUAAACAGGAAAAGUUAGAAACAGCAGUCUAUCCUGUGGUGAAAGUAGGGAACUACAUGGGGAAUAUAGUGUCAUUUGAGAUGUGCACCGAUAUGCUAGUAGCCUACUAGCCAUCGAAUGCUGGAGCCGGACUGAUAGCCAUAAUGGACUGGAUCUCAACAAAGAACACGAUUUGACUGCUAGUGAUUGUGACACAACUAUAAGUUUAUUAGAGUGUGAUACUUAGGCAUAGAUUCAAUCAGAUCAAGCGUUAUCUGGCAAUAGCCGGCGACCGCAUGGCUGAUGUUUUGGCCGUGUAUGAUGUGUAACUACUUUGGAGCUGUCAAACCGGUGAGUGGCUGCACUUGAUCAUCGUCACGAAGCCACACCCGUCCCACUCGCAUUAGUUCAGAAUGAAAAGGUCUAGGCUAUAUAGAAAUAAUUGCGCUCAAAUUGAAAAUCAUUAAGCAAAAUAAUAAGGAUUUCUAUCUUACAUCUCACAUUCCAGUGUUUGAUCUUGUAAAAAGACUGCAUGGGAUUUCUCUUACUGGUAAUGUCCGCUUUAGGUAUAAUGCCAGGAGCCACUUGUGGAUUUGACAACAAUAAAGCAGUUCCAUCUCAGACACUGUCAAAACGACCGGAUUUUGGCUAAAUUGCAUCUGAUUAAAUAGAUCCCUUACUGUCUCUGUACGGCUUCCACAUCUCUCUCUCUCUCUCUCUCUUUCUCUCUUUCUCUCUUU